AGUCCUUUCAUCUCUCAUAAAACAUUUUUGCCCAAUCCAAAAAAAAAAAAAAAUCCACCGGGAGAACGAGCUGGGGAGCAAGCCGGUGUCGUUUUUGCAGGAAAACCAUCGCCACCACAACCUUCUUCAAUAAAGAAAUACUAAUCUCAAAUCAGAUAGGCAUGCCGAACCAGAAAGGUUGUGCUAGAAACCUCCUGCAAAAAAUCUUCUUCUUCUCUUGUCAAAAUUCGCUUCAUUCUCUCUCCAACUGCCGGAAUCUUUCCCACGUAUUCAUCCAAAGACGUGCUUAUGUAGAUGUCUACAUGGACUGGAAGAAAGACACAUAUUUUGAAUCAAUUGAAUCCAUCCACAGAUCAAUUGAACUCAAACCCAUCAUCGCCUUGAAAAACUGCAUAGUCUCAGCCUCACCACAGGACUACUGCAUCCCCAUCUCUGCUGUCUCAAAGAGAGGUCUGGAAUUGGGGAUACCAUUUAAGGUAGCUAGGUUCUUGAGAAAAUACCCAUCUUUUUUUGAGGAGUUUGAAGGUCCUCAAUAUAAUUUACCAUGGUUUAAACUGACCCCUACAGCUAUUCAGCUUGAUAAAGAGGAGAGAGAGGUUUAUGAAGAACAUAAAAAUGAUAUAGUUGAUAGGUUAAAGAAGUUGAUUUUAAUGAGUGUUGGAGAGCAAAAAGUGUUGCCUUUGAAGGUAAUUCAAGGUUUGCAAUGGUACUUGGGGCUGCCAGAUGAGUUUUUAAGGCACCCGGAAAGCAAUCUUGAUGGGCACUUCAGGAUUGUUGAAAUGGGAGAUGAGUUGAAGGGACUUGCUGUUGGGAGUGAUGGUAAUGAUGGAGCAAUGAUGUCAAUACUACAACAGAACGCAAUGAAGAAAGGAGUCUAUGCUGGUGGUGAAAGGGAGGCAAUCGUAUUUCCAUUAUUUCCAUCAAAGGGUUUGAGGCUGAAGAGGAAGAUUUCUGAUUGGAUGAAUGAAUUUCAGAGGCUUCCAUAUGUUUCACCAUAUGAGGAUUCCUCUGACUUGAAAAUGGAUAGUGAUUUGUCUGAGAAGCGGGUAGUUGGUAUUCUUCAUGAGCUGCUUGGUCUCUUUGUUGAGCAUGCUGCUGAGAGGAAAAGGCUUUUGUGUUUAAGAAAGUGCUUGGGGUUGCCACAGAAAGUUCACAAGGCGUUUGAGAGGCAUCCUCAUAUGUUUUAUCUAUCUUUAAGGAACAAGACUUGCACUGUUAUCCUUAAAGAAGCUUAUCGUGAAAAGUCAGCUAUUGAGGCCCAUCCAAUUGCGAAUGUGAGGAAGAAGUAUAUUAAUCUGAUGAAGGAAUCAGAGAUUAUACUGAAGAGUAGGAGAGUGAAUAACAGAGCUACUAAAAAUGAAGCUAAUGUGAAUAUGAAGGACUUGGAUUGUAUGGACGACGACAUGACUGAAGUAAUAAAUCAAGUAUCUUAACUGAUGUAUAAUGGUUUAUAGAAUCUGGAUUUGGUGAACUGGUCCACUUGCUAAUAUGGCUUCCCUUUUUUUUUUGUUGUGGUAAUCAUAAUGCACAUAAUUUGAAAACCAAAGCCGUCUUGCAAUCAUGUUGUGCAUUUUUGUAAUAUACAAAUCAUACUACUACUGGAUUUGAUUUCUAGAAAGCCUUCUAAA